UGACUCGGCUGAGCCAACGUCAGGAAGACGAAUCAUUGCACCGAGCGGGCUGCACCGGAGGACGGAGCAUGGCCCAUCCUACCGGGUGCUCUACAUCCCGCGCUGGGGUUCUCAAGCGAUAGCGAGCUAAAGCGCAUGCCGCCUCAGCGUUCGAUGUCGAUGCGGCAAAACGGCGCGAGACCAACACGGCCCGCCUCUCUUCCGUUCAGGUUGACUUGUCGUUAUGGUAUGGAUCACAAGUCACACCAACCAGGCAAAUCCAAGUGUCAAGGCCAUUCCGGAACAAGACCACCAGCUUUUGGUGCGCGGAGAGAUAGCUUACCACCUCAUACCACCUCAAAAGCACAAAUGUUCAUGCCGUCGAAGCAGUGCGCUUGUUUCGCGGUUGUGCGUGAUUUGCAGUUUGCAAUGCCUUGUCAACAGCAUCAUUCCCAUGCGUAGCGAGCCGGUUAGCCCGCUGGCCGGAGUCGCCCCCCAUAGAGCAGAUACCAUCGGCGGCAUACCGGGAGGUCAAGCUGUAGCGCAGUGUGGCCUAUCCGCCUCAGCCAAGUUCAUCAAGGCCAACCUGGCACCGGCAGCCGUGCUACCUGGCGCCACUUCCUUCAACCUCUUUGCUCUUAGGUCUACGAGCGAUGAGAGCGCCCUCUUUGAUCUAUGUCAUCGGCCGACGACCGGCGCGGGCCACGUUGCCGCCCCUCAGCAGUGCGCCUGUUUGUCGUCGCCGGACGGCCGUUGCGAGCAGCAGGAGCCGGUUGACGUCGUCCAAGGCUCCACACCCAGUCACUUCGUCCGUUUUUAUCACAUUGUGUGAAUUCGGAGGAACAAUCGCAACUGCAGCGAGAAACGCAACGGAGAGCCGACCGACUGAAGAGUCAGUGCACCGUAAGACGGACGUAUGGGUUGAAAUCCCUCCGGUAUUCCAAGUGCACGACCAUACAUAGGGAAGAUACAUCCAUCCCGAAGAACAGGUAGUGUAAGCCUUGUGAGAGAUCCGCCGACCACACCCCACGCACACUGCUCGGAUGGCGGCCUGUGCCGCGAUGCUGCCGUUCGCCGUUCAAAGCGUCUUACCGCG